AUGGGAACCCAAAAAAAGGAAAAACAAAGAAGAGUCCGGGAGGGCGACACCCGUGACGGGAACCUUCGUGUCAAGGGCGAGAACUUCUACAAAGAUGCCAAAAAAGUCAGACAUUUGCUGAUGUACAAGACUGGUAGAGCCGUCAGAAACGCCAAGGGUGAAAUCAUCCAGGCUGCUGCCCUUCAAUCCACCGAUAUCCCCAAUGCCCGUGUGGAUCCUAACCGUAAGUGGUUUGGAAACACCAGAGUCAUUGCCCAGGACGCCUUGACUCAUUUCAGAGAGGCCAUGGGCGACAAGAAGCACGAUACGUAUUCUGUGCUUUUGAAGAGAAACAAGUUGCCCAUGUCGCUUUUGGACGAGAAGGACCAGACGGACUCGCCCACGGCCAAGAUCCUCGAGACCGAGUCGUACGAGCACGCUUUUGGUCCUAAGCAGCAGAGAAAGAAACCAAGAUUACAGGCGGCUUCCUCUUUGGAGGAGUUGGCUCAGCUUUCUGAAAACGACACCAAGGCGUUCCAGGAUAAGCAGGAGCUCAACGCCACUUUGGGUCUUAUGGGUGGCUCUUUCUUGGAUUCUGAGGACUACACUCAGACUGCCAAGGAGGCCAUUUUCCACAAGGGCCAGUCCAAGCGUAUCUGGAACGAACUUUACAAAGUCAUCGACUCUUCCGAUGUGGUGAUCCACGUCCUUGAUGCGAGAAACCCCUUGGGCACUCGUUGUGAGAGCGUGGAGAAGUACAUUCGUGAGGAGUGCUCUCACAAACACUUGAUCUAUGUGUUGAACAAGUGUGAUCUCGUGCCCACUUGGGUAGCGGCUGCUUGGGUCAAGCAUUUGUCCAAGUCAUAUCCAACAUUGGCGUUCCACGCCUCGAUCAAGAACUCCUUUGGUAAGGGCUCUUUGAUCCAGUUGUUGCGUCAGUUCUCUACUUUGCAUUCGGACCGUAAGCAGGUUUCUGUCGGUUUCAUCGGCUACCCUAACACCGGUAAGUCUUCCAUUAUCAACACCUUGCGCCAGAAGAAAGUGUGCCAGGUUGCACCUAUUCCCGGCGAGACCAAGGUGUGGCAGUACAUCACGUUGAUGAAGAGAAUCUUCUUGAUUGACUGUCCCGGUAUCGUGCCUCCUAGUAACAGAGACACCGAAUCUGACAUUUUGUUCAGAGGUGUGGUUAGAGUUGAGCAUGUCACCAAUCCUGAGCAGUAUAUUCCAGAUAUGCUUGAAAAGUGUGAAAGAAAGCAUUUGGAAAGAACUUACGAGAUCAAGGGCUGGAGCAACUACGAGGAGGACCCUUCGCUUCUAGAGAAGGCCAGUACGGAGUUCAUCGAGCUCAUUGCCAGAAAACAAGGUAGAUUGUUGAAGGGUGGUGAGCCUGAUGAAGGUGCUGUUGCUAAACAGGUUUUGAACGAUUUCAACAGAGGAAAGAUCCCAUGGUUCGUUCAGCCUCCUAAGGACGAGGAGGUGAGAACUGGUGAGGACAAGAAGGCCGAGUUCAAGAGAAAGAGAGCUGAAAGAGAGAUCGAGAAGGAGGCUCAAGAGUCUGCCAAGAGACUCAAGUUGGAUGAAGAGGAAGAUGAUGAAGAGAAGGAGGAGGCCGAGGAGGCCGAGGAGGAGACCUCCCCAGAGAAAGAAUAA